UUUGGCUAUGAGACAUCAGGAGCCAUGGCGGGUUGGCACCGGAUAACCGCUUUCUCUUCGCAGCUUCUAGUCGGUUUGUUAUUGUUGCUCUUGUCAGCUAGGAGCAGCGGGAGACCACCGGAGAAAUGUCUCGACUACAAGUCUUGUCAGCCCCCAAGACCUCCCGUGGUCCUCAUUCCUGGGGAUCUAGGAAACCAGUUGGAGGCAAAGCUGGAUAAACCCAGUGUUGUCCAUUACAUCUGCUAUAAGAAGACUGACUCCUUUUUCACUCUGUGGCUCAACCUGGAGCUGCUGGUCCCUGUAGCCAUAGACUGUUGGAUAGACAACAUAAGAUUGAUGUACAACAGGACCACACACACCACCUUGUCUCCUCCAGGUGUGGACAUUCGUGUCCCGGGGUUCGGACAGACGUAUUCACUGGAGUAUCUGGACCCCAGCAAACGCAGUGUGGGCAUGUAUUUCUUUACUAUAGUGCAAGCGCUGGUAGACUGGGGCUACACCAGAGAUGACGAUGUCAGAGGAGCUCCUUAUGAUUGGAGGAAAGCCCCAAAUGAGAAUAAAGAGUAUUUCCUGGCACUGCAGCAGAUGAUUGAACAGAUGGCAGAGAAAGCUGGUGGGCCUGUGGUGCUCAUUGCUCACAGUAUGGGCAACAUGUACACCUUGUACUUCCUCAACCAGCAGCCUCAGGCUUGGAAAGACAAAUACAUCAAAGCUUUCAUCUGUUUGGGUCCACCGUGGGCUGGAGUGGCCAAGACCCUCCGCGUGAUCAUCUCUGGUGAUAAUAACCGCAUCCCAGUAAUUAGCCCGUUGAAGAUUCGCUCUCAGCAACGUUCUGCUGUCUCCACCUCCUGGCUGCUCCCCUAUGCCCACUCUUGGCCCAAAGAUGAGGUCCUGGUGCAGACACCCACCACCAACUACACCAUGCUGGACUACAAGCGGCUCUACUCAGACAUCGGUUUUGAGGAUGGCUGGCUGAUGCGUCAGGACACGGAGCCACUCGUAGCCGACCUCACACCCCCCGGCGUGGCCAUCCACUGCUUAUAUGGCAGCGGUAUCAACACAUCUGAGGCCUUCCGGUACUCCGACAAGUUCCCCGACGUGGAACCCACGGUGGUGUUCGGCGAUGGGGAUGGGACAGUGAACUUGCGAAGCGCUGUCCAGUGCAAGCAGUGGGUAGGAAAGCAGAAACAGCCUGUGAUGUUAAAAGAGCUUCCAGGGAACGAACAUGUGAACAUGUUGUUGAACUUGACGACUGUGGCUUACAUCAAGACCGUGCUGUUCUCGCCCUGAUGCUAGCAGAUACUGAGGGACAGCCUGGCAGGGAGACCACUUUACUCACGUGCUGUAAUAUUACACUGACACACACACAGCCAUAUGAAGGACAGACAGGGAAUGACUCAUCUCAUCUGUCUCUCUGAACACUGACUGCCAAAAUAUUCCCCUGUACAUGCCACAUUGCUCAAGAAAAAGUAUUGAAAUUUUGUAGUGCAAUUGCAGAAUCAAAGUUUUAAGUUAAUUUUAUAGCUGUAAUUUUACAAUUUAUGUUAAAGUCAGGUUGUUUACUCUUGAGCAAAGCCUAAAUACGAUGACUUUUAUAUUGGUCUGAGAUUUGAAAGAACCCAAGAGUUUACCCACCAAAUCCAUAUUAUGAUAAAGGACAUGUCAAAAACCAGGGAUAUAAUGUAUGUGCCACUAUCUGUGUUAUCAAUCAAAGUCAGAUCUUUUAUCAGUGUUGUGAAAUAGAAUCCUGAACUUCUUUGACUAAUUUUGUUAGGCUAAAUGGUUUAAGUAGAUAUUUUAUUUAUAUCUUUCUCAGUGCACCAGGUCAUAUGUAUCAGUGCUUGGUAUAUAUGUGAAUGAGUGAAAAAACCUAAGCAGGCUUUUACCAAAAACGACUAGAUACAUUUUAUUGUCAUGUAAUUUCAUUUGAUUUCUAGUGAUCCUUUUGUUGAUCUUUUUUUAUUUUUCUGCAUGCAGCCAAGCUGUAACUCCCUGAUUGUCCUAGAGCUUUAUUUUUAUUGUGUUGUCCAUGUUACAUGAAUCAUGUGCUGAAGGACUGGACCCAUACCUGGGAUAUGGAAGUUGAUUUUAGUCAUGCUGAAGCCACUCAAAGGUCAAACAAUAAGCUUUAAACAAAAAACAUUUUACUCAAAGUCCACUUAAUAUCUUUUUCAGGAGCUUUGAACUGCAUCUCAUGACCUUUAUCCAUAGAAAGUUGGCUCCAUUCAUUGAAAUUGUUCUAUGCUAUGAAGAAGACCGGGAAAUGCAGUUGAAAGCUCUAGAAAAAGCCAGCAAGUGGACCUUGAGAAACUUGAAAAAUAUGCUAUUUGACUCAACAACCAAACAAAAAGAUAUGUCAAGAGUUUUGGAAAAAAAAAAAUCUGAACUUGAGGUCCAUUUAUUUCUUCAGACUUUCAACUGCAUUCCAUGGUCUUUAUCAAUAAAUGGAGUUUUGAUGAGUUUUUGUGGAGGUAGCUCAGUUGUGCUCAAGUGACCUAUGUAUGGGACUUUGGUUCGAACUUCAGACCAUAGUUUUAUUUUUAGGCCUCAUGAUGAUAACUUUAUCUGCUGAUGAAGAUCAUGAGAUGUGGGCGAGAGUACCAGAAACUCAGGUAAGAGGAGCUUGAGUACUUUUUCUGAUUUUCAGCAAAUGAAAUUCAUUUUAAAUCAUUUUCCAGAUUGUUUUCUAGAUGGUUGUAUCCAAAUGGCUUUCUAAUUUGGCAAUAAAAAGCCAAAUGAUAGUGAAUUUUUUUUUUUAACUGUUUGAAACAGUGUUUUAGUAUUCAAGCAAAAUUGAGGUUCUAAAAUGAAAUUACCCACUAUAUUCAGCAUAGGAAUACUGCUUUUUACUUCAGCCUAUCUGGUCAGCAUGCACUCCUGCAGUACCUCUAUCCAUAAAUUACAAAGGAACAGCUGUUUCACAUAACUUUCCAUGUUCCAUACAGUAUAUUGAUGUUUCGGUACAUAUGUUUUUCCCAGGUUUAGUGUGUACCAGGUGACUAGAUAGGCAGGUUUUACACAGGCACAAAUGAGGGGACUUUUAUUGCUUAUGGAAUAGGUCAGAUCUUUUAUUUGUUAUUUCCUCUCUGUUUAGACAGACAUGAAAAUUUCAGACUACUGUUAAAAUUUGAUUCCCUGUCCUUGUGGAAAUGCAGCCAGAAUCCUUCUGACUUGAGUGGUUGUACUGUGCUAUCCAGCCCUCACUGGUGAAGACCUAGAUGAUAUACUCUUAAGUAUCAUAUCUGCUGUGAAUUAUCAUAACAUUGUGUGUCAUAAUAAUGUGGUGACAUCUAAAGAGUACAAUAUGUCAUAUUACAUUCAGCCAUUGACAUUUCUUUGUGGAGAAAAUCCCUCUGGUAAACCUUUCACAUUGUUUUAAAAAUUCAUGUAAUUGUUGUUCUUUUGGACAGUUAAGUUAUUCUUUGUAUAAGCACAGGACAAUAGUCGUUUUAACUGUAUUAAUUGAUGACAAAUCACUUCCUCUGUGUAAAUAAAUGGUAA